CGAGUAGUCAAUCGCGUGGCCUUGCUGGAGACUUGGGUCAGAUGCGUGGCCAUGACUUCUCUGCGUAAGGCAGUCGUUAUUCUUUCGUUUUUCACAUCUUCCUCCGUAUCUACCCGCCAGCCGUGGACGCUUCUUGAAUAGGUACAUGCAUCGCCUAGCGCCACUUUCUAAGCAUCUAGUCAUCGGCGUACAUUCUUACCGGACAUAUUGACCGGCUUUCCACAAAUCUCGAAUCCUUGUGCUAUUAAUAAAGCCAGGUUCAUCUUGGGUUCUCGACGGUUUCUGCCAUAUUUGGAGACACUAAAGACAUUUAACAUAGUAGAUUGACGAUGUCCGAUGUUGCAUCGCACCGAUGAUGGCGCAUGAACAAGAAGAACCGGAGCAAGCAAACGAUUUGAGGCAGCACACGUCUCGAUCAGAAAAGGAGAAAAGAAAAGAGCAUAAGUCUUUGAAAGACAGCAAUCGGAAAAGAUGGUGGAACGUGUGGAAGAAAUGGGAAGGGCAGGACAGUGACUGGUGGUUUGCCAGCACCGGAAUUCCUUUGCUCGCUGCAACUCUCGGUCCACUGGCAAAUGUAAGCUCGAUAGCUGCCCUCGUCACCCCCUGGAGGCAGCAAAACAUCAUCGAUGGCGUCCGAGUCUCGGACUUCGAAGGUGUACCUUUUGGCGACCCGAGAUGGUGCUACUGGAUUAACGUAGCUUCACUCAUCUGCGGGUUUCUUGGAAACCUCUUCCUUCUCCUCAACUUCACACAGAGGAUCCGCUACAUUAUUGCUUUACCUGUUACAGUCGUUCUAUGGUAUCUUUCAUCCGCGUUUCUGAUAGCAAUAACGAUAUGCAUGAACACUUACCAACCACCCAUUCGACCGGAACAAGGGUAUACGCAAGGAUUUUGGUAUGCGAUAGCGGGUGCAGCAUUUUACACCAUCUGUUCCAUGAUUCUCAUGGUCAACAUGCUUGGUUUCUUUCUUGGUCACUAUCCAGAGAACUUCGCAUUGAGCGACAGUCAGAGGACACUCAUAUUACAGACUAUGGCCUUCUUCAUCUGGCUAGGUGGCGGCGCAGCAAUCUUUGCGAAGCUUGAGCAAGAUGCUGGCGAAGAUAGUUGGAGGUUCGCCGACGCUCUUUACUUUUGCGACGCAACUAUUCUAACUGUUGGAUUCGGCGACCUGGUACCCACGACCGACGUCACCAGGGGUAUUGUAUUUCCGUACUCUGUGGGCGGUACAAUAACGCUAGCUCUCAUCGUCUCAUCGCUUUACACAGCGGUGCGCGAGCUUGGGGACGAGAAAAUUGUCCAGAAGCAUGUUGAUCGCAUGCGCGAGCGUGUCGCAGAACGUACAGUUACCAAUUCGUUUGAUCUUCGACAUCGUGAGCGCGAAGCUCACCACCUGAUCCGGAAACGUAAACUUGGCUUUCCACGGAUAUCAGCACCCACUGAGCCACGGCCUCUCAGGACGCUUGUAGGCGAAUCAGUUCAGCAUACAUCAACUAUUCCCCGUGUCGCUCAUGCUUUUGGUAUAGCCUCCUCUAAACCGAAGAUUAUGCUGUUGAAAGAAGAGAAGGAUCGUUUUGAGGCUAUGCGCAAAAUCCAGGCCGAUUCACAGAAGUUCAAGCGUUGGAUGGCAUUAUUCUGGUCCGUCACUACAUUUUCAAUUCUCUGGUGUGUUGGCGCGGUCGUCUUCUGGGUGACCGAAGAGGAAACGCUGAACUUGACGUACUUCCAGUCACUCUAUUUCUGCUAUGUCAGUCUGUUGACUAUUGGUUAUGGAGACUUGGCACCGAGAUCCAAUUCUGGGCGCUGCUUCUUCGUCAUCUGGAGCUUGAUAGCCGUGCCGACCAUGACCAUUUUGGUUUCGGAUCUAGGGGAUACGGUUGUUGCCAAUUUUAAGAGGUGGAGCGACGAGCUCGCUGACUUUACGGUACUACCUAAAGCAGGUAUCUGGCGUUCUUUCCUGAACAAGCAUCCCUGGCUACUGCGGUGGCUGCAGCAGUGGACAGAGUACCGAGCGAGAAAGAAGAGGCUGAUCAGGGGCUUCAGCAUCGCAGAUCCAAGAUCAGAGGACAGUUCUGCAACCUCCUCUGACCUCCAGAACCGAGAAGACAUCCUGAAUGACCCCGAACAUCGCGAAGAAGCUACCGACUUGGAGUUGACUCGCCACCCUACUGUUCUUGCUCUCGCCAAUGAAGCCGAGACUGACAUCACAAACCCCCCCACCCGGGCCUCUCUUACUCGUCGUCUCGCCCUUUCCAUCCACAAAGUUUCUCUCGAUCUGAAAACCGAUAAAAAACGCUAUACGUAUGAGGAGUGGGUUGAGUUCACGCGACUUAUUCGCUUGACCAGUCCAGAGCGCCUGGACCGUGAUCUUGGAAGCGGUGCAACGACGUUUGAUGAAGAAAACGAAGAAGGCCUAGUCAACUGGGAUUGGAUUGGAGAUGAUAGUCCCAUGGUAUCUGGGAUCAGUGAAAGUGAGUGGCUCAUGAAACGAUUGAUCGAGAGUUUGGUAAGGUUAGAGAGGAGGAAGGAGGUUGCGAGGGGAAACUCCAACAUAGAAGCUAUAAGGGAGAUGGAAACAGAGUAUUGUGGUAGAGAUGAACUGGACGAGCUGCAAAGCUAGCAAGAAGGUAUAUUGCAUUCAUUGAUAAUCUAAGACUCGAUUGUGCUCUGAGGUGGCAUCGACAUUCAUGGAGGAGCAAAAUAACCGUGUCGCGUCCCUCUGGCCCUGCGCGCCUGCGUCGCCAAUCUAUAGCGAACGCUAACGCUAUUUCGAUGUUUCCUAGAAUCUCUUCAUGAAUGCGAUUGCUACCAUUUAAACGAGCUGGUCAUUGCAGGUGCGACAGCUAAGGUGUUGCCUGGAAUGUAUACAUGUAAGACCACUUUGUCAGUAUGUCAUUUC